UUCAAAUGCAUUGGAUGCAUGGAAACCAUACCGGUUCAGAAAUUAUAGUUUAGAGGUUACCAAUUCUCCUGGUGUGCAGCAGUGGGUACAAUGUUAUAAAGACAGAACAUCUGCUGAUGAAGUACCUUUCAGAAGACAGAAAAUUGCAUGUAAAAAAACAGCCAGAUACCUUAGAAUCUUUACCACAUAUGACGCACCAGAGGAUGACCCAACCUUGGGUGCUAUGCUUGAAAUAUGCGAAAUUCAAAUCUAUGAUGUUAUUACCUGUAGCAGUAAUUGUAGAGACCAGGGAUGUGAUGAAAACGGUAAAUGCCUUCAAUGUUAUCAGGGAUACUGGGGAAAUGAAUGUGCACAACUCUGCUCAGCUAAUUGCCUGUCGAUGGAUUGCAACAUAUUUGGUGUUUGCUAUAAUUGCAACGACGGGUUCUAUGGGGAUAAAUGUGAGAAGAAUUGUAAUCCAUAUUGUUGGGGGAAAAUAUGUCAUAAAAACACGGGGAUCUGUACAAAUGGAUGUGAAUAUGGUUUUGAUUGCAACGUUACCUGUGACAAUUGCAGCCCCGGAUCUUGUAACAUAA